UAACCCAUCACAGUGAAGAAAGUUACGUACUACUGAAAAGGAAAGCGUGUGAAUAAGAAGAGAGGACUGAAAGGAGGUCAAAAGAAGAAGAAGAAGAAGUAGGACGCCAUCUUGACCUGUUGGACUCGACGCGUGGGGCCGUACAUUGCUGCGCUGCGAGAUAUUCAAGGGUUACUUCGCGGCACGCCAUCCACAUUCUCCGUCAAGCUGCACCGCUCCAUCUGAAGAUGAUGGAAAUAGAAGUAGCUGAUGAUGGAGACUCCUUGCCUAACACUACCACUAAAUGUGUAAAUAUUGCACCAUCUGGCAGGAGGGAGCACCAGCAACAGGAGGUGGAGGAAACAAAGCAAGGGGACCAGCAGCUGAGUGCUGAUUUCACACACCCUGACAUGGAUGGUGGCUGGGCCUUUGCCAUACUAUUGUCCAUGUUUUGCUCUUUUUUCAUUAACUCAGGUCUGCUGUCAACGGCAGGGGUUUAUCAUGUGCAGAUGUUGGAAUAUUUCGGCAAGGAUCGUUCCCACACGUCCUGGAUGGGCUCCCUCUUGAAUGCUUUCUUUCUCCUGACAGGUCCAGUGUGUUCCUACUUCCUGCACCGGUGGGGGCCUCAGAAUGCCAUGAGGAUAGGCAGCAUCGUCAUGACCGCCGGUCUCUAUGUCUCAGCCUUCACCCCGUCCCUAGAGAUCAUGUUCUUUACGUACGGCAUCAUACUGGCAUGUGGGAUGAACUUUGUUUACACGGGACAGAUCAGCACCCUGAACCUGUAUUUCCACAAGUACCAAAACGUGGCCACUGCCGUCUCCAUGGUGGGCAUUGGCAUGGGAACGUUUCUGGUGAACAUGUGGACAGAAUUCAACAUCGCGAACUAUGGGUGGCGCAAUUCCCUCAUCUGGAACGCUGGCCUCAGUCUACAGCUGUGUGUGUUUGGCUCACUCGUCUAUCCCCUCCACUGGCCAUGUGCCAUCUCGGGUGCUCCUGAGGAUGGCCCAUCAGCCUCAAGAUCUGCCUCUUCACAUGCACUGCAGAGCCACUCGACAAGUAUAUCAACAAUGAAAAUGUCUGCAGAGGCCAGCUAUGCCUGUAGCUUCAUCAGCCUCCCGGAAACCUUGAUAGAGUCAACAAGGAAGGUGUUCACAGAUGUUUGUUUCUGGCUGAUCUCUGUGGCGUUCCUCUUUGCAGUGCUCUCAACUAGCUCCGUCCUCAUCAUAUACAAAGAUUUCAUGAAGUCGAGAGGCUUGGGGGAGCAUUACACCCUCAUGCUUAUUGGGUUCGGCAUUGGCGAUGUCUCUGGAAGGCUGAGCAUGGGAUUCAUUCAUACAAGCAGUAUGUUUAACCCAGUGUGGUCAUACAGCACCACCCUUUUCCUGACGGGGUUGGUGCUGAUGUGCCACGUGCUGGUGUGGAGCGUCCCCAGCAUGUACAUCCUCGGUGCUUUCUUCGGCAUGGUGUACGGGGCCCAGAACGUGCUUAUCGCCAUCACCCCAGUCAAGCUGUUCGGCAAGGAGAGGCUUGUCGUUGUGUUCGGCUACCUCUUGUUCUUCGGUGGGAUUGGAGCACUUGUCGGCGCUCCAAUAGCUGGUGCUAUCGUGGACAGGAGCGGCAGCUAUGAUGGGGUGCUCGGCCUGGCUCUGGCGUCCCUGCUGUUGGCGGGGGGGCUGAUGAUGCUGUGCGCCCUGAAGGACGCUGCCAACACCCGCACUGACCCUCACUAGCAUGAAGGAGAGUGUGUGUGUGUGAAAUCUUCAAGGAUUUUUUUAUGUGUAUCAUGCAUGCCUUAAGUCUUUGUUGUGUUUUCUUUUUCAGAGGUGACUUGAAUUUUUUUUUUUUU